CUGUUGCUUUAGCUUCAGAAAGUUUAAACCUUUUGAGGGAAAAGUGUCCAAACUGAACUAUUAGCUCCGUCAUGUGUGACUGUAACCUGAAACCUACUUUGCCUAUUAGGGGGGAGCUUAAGAGCGAGCAGCGGGCCUCGGCCUCCGCUUCCCGGUGACGAUCUGUUUCCGUGGCCCUGCUCGUGUUCCGGGUCGCUCCUCCACGCUGGUUGUCGGCGGCCGUGAGAACCGAGGAAACUUGCAUCAUCCAGCCGGGGGGCGGGGGGGGCAGCCGGCGGACGGAACACCCAGCGGUAUGGACUCAACCUGGCGAGAAGCAGGAAUAUUUAAACUGCGAAGCUCCUCCUGCUGCCGUCUGAGCCGGUGACCAGGGUUUAAAGUUUACUUUGCGCCGCGGCGAACAGAGGAGGGACGGCCGGCCCGGGAGCCUCCAGCGCUCAGUGGCCGCGCAGCAGCAGCAGAGGCAGGACGGGUCCAGCUGAGCGCCGACACCUGGUUUCUGUGUGAAUGUACAAAGUGCAAGGUCCCCUCAGAGUCCUGGUGUGAGCCGCCACCAGCUCUGCUCCUCAUAACUUAUAUGUGCCUUUAUUUUUUAUUACAGUUGUUUUUUUAAAUAUAAGCUAGUUUAGAUUUUGCACCAGAGAUGUCGUGUCUUUUACUGGGAGUCAUCCGAAGGCAGGGUGGUGUCGGGGCCGGCGUCGGGGUCCGGUCCCUGGCCUCCAUCCCCUCGCUGCCUCCGGCGGUGGCCGAAUUCGUGAAGGGAGCUGUGGAGGAGUGUAAGCCCUCCGGUGUGCAUGUGGUGACUGGGACGCCGCAGGAAACCGCCAACAUCCUGGCCGGUCUGGAGAAGGAAGGCAUGGUCAAGAAGCUUCCCAAAUACGACAACUGUUGGUUGGCGCGUACAGACCCAAAGGAUGUGGCUCGGGUGGAGAGCAAGACUGUGAUCGUGACCAAGAACCAGAGAGACACCAUCCCCAUCCCUGCUGGAGGGGUGCAGAGCCAGCUGGGCAAGUGGAUGAGCGAGUCUGACUGGCAGAAAGCUCGAGAGGAGCGUUUCCCCGGCUCCAUGGCAGGUCGGACCAUGUACGUGAUCCCCUUCAGUAUGGGUCCUGUGGGCUCAUCUCUGACUAAAUACGGCGUCCAGGUGACGGACUCGCCGUACGUCGUGGCCAGUAUGGGGAUCAUGACACGCAUGGGCACUCCUGUUCUCAAUAAACUUGCCGAGGGAGCAGAGUUUGUCCGCUGUCAGCACACUGUGGGUCGACCUCUGCCGCUCAAAGCUCCUCUGGUCAGCUCUUGGCCCUGUAACCCGGAGAAGGUGCUGAUAUCCCACCUCCCGGACACCAGGCAGAUCCUGUCCUUCGGCAGCGGUUAUGGAGGAAACUCUCUUCUUGGGAAGAAGUGCUUCGCCCUCCGAAUCGCCUCCCGCAUCGCCAAGGACGAGGGCUGGCUGGCUGAGCACAUGCUGAUCCUGGGCAUCACCAACCCUCAGGGGGUGAAGCGCUACGUAGCGGCUGCCUUCCCCAGCGCCUGCGGUAAAACCAACCUGGCCAUGAUGAAACCAGCUCUGCCGGGCUGGAAGGUGGAGUGUGUGGGCGACGACAUCGCGUGGAUGAAGUUCGACAGCCAAGGUAAACUCAGAGCCAUCAACCCGGAGAACGGGUUCUUCGGCGUGGCUCCUGGCACCUCCGACAAGACCAACCCCUACGCCAUGGCUACGAUUGCCAAAAACACUGUGUUCACGAAUGUUGGUGAGACCAGCGACGGAGGCGUGUGGUGGGAAGGACUGAGCCCUCCUCCGGCUGGCGUCACACUCACAGACUGGCACGGCAAAACCUGGAAACACGGAAGCUCCACGCCUUGCGCUCACCCCAACUCCCGCUUCUGCGCCCCGGCGGCUCAGUGUCCCAUCAUUGACCCGAAGUGGGAGAGCGAGGAGGGCGUCCCCAUCGACGCCAUCAUCUUUGGAGGCAGGAGGCCGGAAGGAGUCCCUCUGGUCUACGAGUCUUUCAACUGGCAGCACGGAGUGUUUGUUGGAGCCGCCAUGAGGUCCGAGGCCACGGCAGCUGCUGAGCACAAAGGCAAGGUGAUCAUGCACGACCCCUUCGCCAUGCGGCCGUUCUUCGGCUACAACUUCGGCGACUACCUCGCUCACUGGCUGAGCAUGCAGAGCCGAAAGGCCCCCACUCACCUGCCCAAGAUCUUCCACGUCAACUGGUUCAGGAAGGACCCGGCGAGCGGCGCCUUCCUCUGGCCCGGCUUCGGCGAGAACGCCCGCGUGCUGGAGUGGAUCUUCAAGCGCUGCGGCAGAGAGAGGGAGGACGAGGCGGCCAAGAAGAGCAUGAUCGGCUGGCUGCCAGUGGAUGGCGCCAUCGACACCAAGGGUCUGGGCGGCAAGGUGGAUAUGGGCGCCCUGUUCGACGUGCCCAAGCCCUUCUGGCAGAACGAGACCAAGGAGCUGAGAGCCUACUUCACCCAGCAGGUGGGAGCCGACCUGCCCGCCCAGGUGGAGGCUGAGCUGAAGGCGCUGGAGGACAGAGUGCACAAAUAAAACCCUACUGAGCGACAGUUCAUCCAGAAGCAGGGAGGGAGGCACUGGUGGGACAGAAUUCAGAUUGUUAGGGUGCAAUCAGAGCUACUGACUGGGUUUACAUGUAGAGAGAAUUGAGUUCUGAACCAGGUUAGCUUGAAAAAAAAGAAAAAAAAAAAGAAAAAAGUUUUGGUUUGAUACAUGAAAACAAAGUUUGAGAUGGGUUUGAUUUUCAAAAACAUCUACCACGGUGCCAGAAACAUGACGGUGGCUAACACCAGCUCACUCACACCAACCAGUCAUGUAUUUAUUCUAUCACUGGAGCACACUAAGGCAGCCACACCUUUAGUCAACAUUCUUUGUGCAUGAAAACACAGUCGGUCGUCUCUGACUUUCUCCUUACAAAGAGAAAUCUGUUAGGAAGAAGAAAAAAAACCAAAAAUCUACAAUGCAAUAUCUACCUUACAGACACGACUUCACGCUAAUGCUGCAACACUUGAGGAACUGGUGCUGGGUUGGUGGUAGGAGGGAGGUUUGAUUCUCAGCCUGAAGGUUAGUUUUCAGAAACAGAAGCUAAUGUCACUACCUCUAUUCACUCACAACUCCCCGCGUGGCGCUGGAGUACAAUCACCGUGGCCUUAUAGUGCCUCGGAGACACUUCACGAUGGUGUCCAGGCUGCUAGUGUUUACAGGCUGAAGCCCAAAGACCUUUUCAUAGCCAAAAUUCUGAAAGAGUAGGUAAGGAGGGAACAUUUUUACAGAUUGAAAGGUUUUAAAUUCUGAAUCUUGGCCCCAGCUUUUUAACCACACUGUUGAGAGUGUCAUGAAAUGCCCUUUUAUUCUAAAUUGAUAUUACUUUUUAAUUUUUUUUUUUAUUGCUCAAAACAGAUUUAUAUUUGGGGCCAAGGAUUACUAUGCAUCAUCCAUCAAGCCACUUUUGUAAUGUUUGUGAUUAAACUGUAUGAUUUCAGGUGAUGUUUACACACAAUAUGUGAAAUGUUGGACCAAUAAAUGCGACUGAGAUUAUUAGGUAUUUUUUAGAAAUUGUACGCCGAGGUUUUUAUUACAGUGCAAUGAAUAAACAUCUUCAUGAGCAGAAA